AAUUCACCAACAUGGGUUAAUCCCGCCUAUCAGGUCACUGGACAGGAAAGUGUUAACGAUCGGUUUAAAUACCUUGCUCCUCCCAGCAAUACUCGUCUUUUUUCCUGUCCAGGUCACGACAGGCUGCUACAAGCUGUUACAGGCUGUUACAGAUUGCUAAAGGCUGCUAAAAAGCUUACCAUACCAGAGUGGGUCUCUCUCUCUCUCCCCUCUGAUGCCUCCAAGUGCACCCUAUAUGGGUUGUGGUGAGAAGAACCCGUUGGGCAGGGUUGUGUGCUGGAGCUGCUGUAGGAAUUCCCUCCUAGGGUGAGAGGAGGAUGAAGCAGUCCAGAGGAUCAGCCGUUUCAUGUGGAUUCGAGGCUGUGUAAAUUGUUUGUUCCAUGUGGAGAACACACGCGCCAAUACUGACGCGCGUCGAGUGCGGACGCGGAAACGCGUGGAAGACGCGCGUCUGAAUUGACGAACGGAGUGACGUGCGCCGGAAGUGACGCACACGGAAGACGCGCGCCCAAAGGGGACGCGCGCCCAAAGGGGACGCGCGUCCGGAAGUGGACGCGCGCCGGGAUUGGCGCACGCGAAGGACGCGCGCCCGGAGGUGACGCGCGAUCGGUCUGACGCGCGGGAAAACGGCGCCAGGAAGUGACGCAAUAAGAAGACGCUGGCAGUAUGUGCAAGGCUGGCGUUUUGGCUGGAUAUGAUAGUACACUUCGCUGGAAGUUGGGGAGCGUUUGUUCACUCGGCUACAGAUUGUUACUAUGGAUCAGCCUGGCUCUGGAAAAGGAUCUCAGCCCAAAGGUCCUAGCCUACAUGUGUCAACUGAAUUGCAGAAAGGGGAGCCUACUCUUUCAAGGAAAGCGGCUUCAGCUACGGACCCAGUAGCGUCUGCAGACCCUCAGCCUUCAGGAGCCCCACAAUUGGAUGCUCUGGUCUCCAUCAUCAAGCAAGCUGUGGUUCAAGGCAUGCAAGAGGCUACUGCUUCUACCUCUGGGGUACAGAGGAAAGCUAAGACGGUCAGAGAUUUGCCAUAUGAGUCUCUAUCGGAUGUGUCAGAUGAGGAAUUGUAUUCUCCUGGGGAGGCACAUUCUGAACUCUCAGAGGAAGGAGAAGUGUUUUCUGAGGAAGAAAUUACAUUUGACCCUACAGCGAUAGAGAAUCUGGUAAAGGCAGUAAGGAAGACGCUGUGUCUUUCGGAAGAGCUACCCAAGUCUAGUUCAGCAGAUAAGUUCUUCCCAUCGGUCAGGAAAAGACAGGUGACUUUCCCGGUACAUGAUUCGAUUAAGGAAAUCAGCUCUGAGUGGAAGAGAACAGAGAAAAAGUUUGUUGUCCAGGGGAAGUUUGCAAAAAAGUAUCCGGUGGAGGAGUUUUUUUCUAAGUUGUGGGACAAUCCGCCUAAAGUCGAUGCUGCAGUGGUAAGGUUGGCAAGAAAGACGACGCUGCCAGUGGAUGAUGCAGCAGCUUUCCGUGAUCCAAUGGAGAAACGGAUUGAAACGAAUCUCAAGAAGACGUUUAUAGCGGCAGGAGCAACUUGUAGACCGGCAGUAGCUAUGACCUCCACAUCAAGAGCUAUGAAGGUGUGGUUAAAUAACCUGAAAGAUGCCAUUUCGUCUAAUGUCAAAAGAUCAGGGUUACGUGAAAUGUUGUCCGAAUUGAAGCUAGCGGUGGAUUUCAUGACAGAUACCUCUCUAGAUCUGGUACAUCUAGCUUCAAGAACUAUGGCACUUUCGGUGUCCUCGAGAAGGGCUUUGUGGCUGAAGCCGUGGCUGGCGGAUUCAGCCUCUAAGGUGAACUUAUGUCAGUUGCCAUUUGAGGGGGAGAUGCUCUUCGGUGAGAAACUCGAUUCUAUCAUUAAGAAGGCUUCCGGGGGCAAGAGUGUAUUUUUGCCGCAGGAAAAGAGAUUCAGACGUCAAGGGGGUAGGCCUAGUUCCCCCAUUAACAGGUCCUUUCGAGGUUCAAGACAGCCUAGAUAUGGAAGGACUGCCGGAAGACAGACGAAGUGGAAGUCCACAAGGGGGGAAAGUAGGCCUCCCAAUAGGAGAAGUUCUACUUUCAGCUCAAGCCAUACAGAGAAGAAGCAAUGA